AUAAAAUGUCAACAUCGUAUAUCACACGAUAUUAGUAUCUUUCACAGAGUAGUACGAACAAACAACAUAUUUUCCUGUCACUUAGGUAAAGAAAGGCGGACGGAAGUAUCAACAAAGGUCGUUGAAAACUGAGAGUGAUUAUGCUUAGUACCAGAUCCUUAAUGAGUUCUCUCAGACGGAUUUUCUCACAACCACGAUUUAUCCGUUCUUUAUGAUUGUCAACGGAAAUUAUGAAUUUUAAUCAACACUACAUCAUAUUGAUGAAAUAUUUUCAUGCAGUUCUUCCAAUAGUUUCAAUUAAAAUUCCAGAAACAUGGACAUAUACAGUUUGUACACAGUCUCAGCAGAUAUCAACUAAUGGUUCUUUUCACGCCAGUCUUGGUUGUGAUGACGACAUGGAGACCUUCUCUCUAACUAAUGAUGGAGUUAAUCAGUCCUGGUCUCUUGAUUUCGACGAUAUUUAUAGAAUUGAUUGGAUCUUUCUUUCCAUUGGUGCUGGAACCUACAGUAUAUAUGUAGAACUAAUUGGGGGUGUUUCGCCUGUGAAGUGUACGGAUCUCACACAAUCUGGAGACAUGAAACCUACACCGUUUCAGCAGCUGGUUACAUGUAAAUAUCACAUUGCUGCCUACAAGAAAGGAAAUAGAAUCAGGAUAACUCGGACAGAAAAUGGAGCAAUCAAAGUGUUUGAAUUAAAACCAAUAGGACUUUCUGGUAUUAAUCGAUCAGUGCAACUGAAUUUUACGGAAUCUUCGAAUGGAUUUUCCAAUGCUUUAGAUAACGACAUGGACACGUUUUACCAAUCACCAGAACAGGUCCAGGCGUCUUGGUUCCUAAAAUUGGACAGAAACUAUGUGAUUAAGUGGAUUCUUAUAUCGACCAGGGGAGGAAAUUAUGAAGUACACGUUAAAGAAGAUGACGCAAUAACGAGUUCAUCAACAAUGUGUCAGAAUUUCAGUCUCCAUGGAAUAAAACAACAGAAUACAGCAUUGGAAUGUUACAAAGAAAUGAAGGGGGAUACAAUUAUUAUAAAAAGGACCGAUGACGGACCAUUGAGGCUAUUUGAAGUGUACCCUAUAAUAUGUCCUGCAGAUCGCUAUGGACCAAACUGCGCUAAAUGCAGAACACAGUGUGUGUCCUGUAGUCCUAUAACAGGUGUCUGUAACCAAUGUCAUGGACCGUUCUAUGGUGACUUCUGCCAGCACCAAUGUCCAACAAAUUGUCUCAACGAUGUGUGUGACCAGACAUCAGGGACAUGUCAGAGCUGUAUAGAGGGUUACUAUGGAAUGGAUUGUUCGCAUGAAAUCACUACAUAUUCAACAUUAAAAGAAUUUCAUUCUGGUUUUACACCAAAUAUAUGUGGAUCGCCUUGUGUCACGUGUAACCAUGACAUUCACGUGUGUAUGUACUGUGCAGCGCAUCAACAUUUGCACACAAUGACAUGUCGAUACAGAUGUAGCGAGAUUUGCUCUAGUGACGAUUGUUUUGGCAUAAAAGAUAACUGUACCAGUGAGAGUACGAAGGAAAACGAAUUCAACAAUUACAGUAAGAUUUCUAUUUUAAGGAGUAUGAAGAAAUAUAUUUCAAAACUAUUACUUGGUUUUAUUUUGCCGCAACAGAUAUUGGAUACAUGUCCAUAUGAGUCAAUCAUAUUGUAUAAAGUCUCAUUUUCAAUGUUUUUCAUUGUUUUAUCAUGGUCCAAAUUCUUGAAAAAUAAAAUGUUGCGGUUAGAUUUAGCGCUUUAACAUUUUCAUAGAACUAAGAAGUAGAACAUUUCUAAUGAUAGGUUUCAAAAUUUCAUAUUUUAUAUUUCAGCUAUUUUGAUAAUUGAUUUCACAACUUUAAUACUCAGAAAGUAUCACAUGGUUUACUUCAAUGCCUGAUUCGAAUUAUCAUACAUGUUAGAUGUCCAGUCUCAUCAGGGUUUGGAUUGAAAACAAAUGUGUUUAUUUUCAAGUUUCUAGAGUUUGUAGUAUUUUCUUUUAAAUGCAUACCGACCGCACAAUUCUCGUCCUCCCGUUUCUGGGAUUCCUCAAAUGCUGGCUCCCCUCAUCUAUCCAGACGAUUUUUUGUCACCAUAUCCAAAGAUGUUCAGAGUUGAGUUAGGAGGAAAUACUAGAGUGACGUUCGGAUACAUACGUAUGAAUAUUAUACAUGUCGAGUGUGUACUAGUAGUAUUCCAUAGUUUUAUAUAUCUUUGACUUAUCAUGAUAUCUACAAUGUGCUGUUUCCUAAUGAUGCGCAUGUUUUCCAAAAUGUGUAAUAAAAAAUGCACCGCGCUAUUUUUGCCUGCAAUUUCCUGACUUAAAACAACGGUAAGAAUCCUAGAAAGAAGGUAUGUAAUCAUUUUCUACAAAUACUUCAUGUUUUGGAAAAAAUAUAAAUAACCUGUUUUCUAUUUUAGUAACCUAAAGGAUAAGAUAUUACACUAUAUGAUACUCAAAAAUAUCUAACAUCAUACCAUAUAAAAACAAUAAUUCUACAUUUUUGUAUAAUAGUAGGUAAUAACCUUUUUAAAGAUGAUUACAGUUAAUCCAUUGUAUGGAUUGUAUAAUCAUGUCAAUAUAUAUAUACCGUGUCUCAAGUUUCAUCUAAAUGAUUCACGAUUUCCAUUUCGAAUGUAAAUAGUUCGGCAAAGUAACAGUCGUUAUCUUUUCAGAUCUCGUGUUAGGAGCAGACGAGAUCCAAACUCACGACCCUGCCAUUACAACACAAGAUUGACUGGAUACAAUAUUGCAAUGAUGGCUUGGAUUUUUUUUAUUCUGCACUCUGUAAUGCAAGGAGAGGAAUUGAACAGGUUACUAGAAACAACAAAUCAUGUCGCACCCCUCAAUUUAGAUGAAGAAAACCCAGAUUCAACUGACAGUGACUUAGAUACCAGUAAUGACAUAGCAGUAGCUCAAGAGGUCUCUAGUCUACCAGAAAAGGAUAUCGAGAAGCUAACAUCAGGAUGUGCAUGCGCCAAAAAAUGUGUUGAAAGGUUAGACAGAAAGACUGUAGUAGAACAUAUCCAGAAUGUAAGAGAACUUUCCAAGUGUGAAAAGGAUAUCUAUAUCAUGGGAGUUCUCAAGGUUAACGGAUCUACAGCAACAAAGAGUCAACAUGAAAUCAAGAGACAUCGAUUUUGUUAUUGUUUCAAUGUAUCUGAAAUUUGUAUCGCUGCUUUUCGAAUCAUUAUGAUCUUGGUGAGGACAUGCUGAAGAACAUUGCGAAACAUGUUUUGAACAAUGGCAUCACACCCUGCAUUCAUGGAAAUACUGGAAAAAGAGCCCCAAAUGCUUUUGAUUUUGAAUAAUAUAAACGAGUAAAAACCUUUAUUACUACUUAUGCAGAUGACUACGGGCUUCCACAACCUGCUGCACCACGAGGAAGAGAUGAGGAUCCACCAACAUACCUGCCAGCUUCACACUCAAAGAAACAUGUUUAUGAGCUAUACAAAGCAGCAUCACAUGAUAAAUUCGUGGGUUUAUCAGUUUUUUACGAUCUUUGGAAGAAACUUUGUCCUCACAUCAAAAUCAGCACUCCAAAAGAUGACGUUUGCUUAAAGUGCGAGACUCAUAGAAAGAAGGUGGAAGAUGCACGAUAAGAAGAGGAAAAAAUGGAAGCUACAAGAGCAUACCUACUUCAUGUUGAGGAAGCAAGACGAGAAAGAGAGGUAUACAAGAUGUGUGUUGAGGCAUCAAAGGAAGAACUAGUAGGGUAUGGCUGUCCACUUGGGCCAAUUCCACAACAAUCUUCCAGUUUAAAGAAAAUGCAUUAUACUUUUGAUUUUGCCCAUUCGCUUAUUCUACCCCACCAUGCAAGGCAAAUUGGACAGCUAUACUUUACAACCCGAAGGAAAAUCCACCUCUUUGGUGUAAGGCUUGAUGGACUAUCCAUGCAACUGAACUACAUGAUGGAUGAAGAUGAAACAAUUGGUACAGAUGGUUCCUUAGCUCAUGGACCAAUUUCAGUUAUUUCGAUGGUGCACCACGCUCUUCAGACACAUGGACUGGGUGAGAUUGAUUGCUGCCUUCAUGCAGACAACUGCGGAGGCCAAAACAAGAACAGAUUUGUCCUAGGAUAUUUUUGUUGGAGAUUCCUGGUAGGCUUGCACAGGAACAUCAGCUUCAUGCUUCAAAUACCCGGUCACACAAGAUGCCUGGUGGAUGCUGGUUUUGGCCAGAUAAAGAAGCUCUACAGAAGAACGGACUGCGACACAAAAGGUGAUAUUGCUAGAGUCAUAGAGCUGUCAUCUAAGUCCAACAAAGCUGUCUGCUUCUCAGAUGAUGCUUGGGUCUGUAGGAAUUGGAAGGAAUAUUUAUCUGUACGAUUUAAAGCAAUCAAGGGAAUCCAACAGUAUCAACAGUUUAGAUUUAGUGCUGAAGCUCCAGGACACGUAUUUGUGAAACGCCGUGCUGACUCGGAAGAAACCAGAGUUCUGCUUUUGAUGAAUGGAGCACCAUUUUCAUCAGUGAAUGAUGUACCAGCCCAGCUAAUUCCUGGUGGUCUUACAGAGGAGAGACAAAGAUAUCUUUAUCACUUUGUCAGAGAUCUUGUUAGACCAUCUGCACAAGACCAGACCUGUCCUGCUCCAGAGGAGUGAUUUUGACGUUGCGCCAUAUGCAGAAAUAAAUUGACGUCAAACGUGUUCAUACAUUAUUGUGUUUGAUGACCUAUAAAAUUUUAACAGCACUCAACAUUACAAUUAUAUUUCCCAGGAAUGAUGUCUAUAGUGUUUACUUCAAUUUAGCAUUAAAAAAAUAAUUUUCAAAAA